AUGGACUGCAACGCGCUUACGAAAGCCUUCCCACGGAUGGUCCACUUAUCUUCAUCCCCGGAGUACGAAAACAGCACGAAGUCUUACUUUUUCGCCUUUGAGAACGAGCUUCAGCCAGCGUAUGUAUUGGUGCCCAAAGUCGCUCAAGAUGUAGUCGACAUCAUCAAGUACCUUCAGAACACCCUGACAGGCGUCAAUAUUGCAAUCCGCGGCGGGGGCUCACAGGCGUCACUCUUGUCGCUAAACGUUGUCUCUAUCGCCGCCGAUGAAGUAUACGCGAGUAUCUACACGGUUCUGGAAGAGCAGGGCCUUGCCGUCGUGAGCGGACGCGUAUCCAAAGUUGGAGUCACCGGCGAUUUCUCAUAUUUCUCCGAGUCGACAGGAUUCGUCUGUGACAAUGUGGUCAACUUCCAAGUCGUCCUGUCUAGUGGGGACGUUGUGCAGGCCAACAAGGACAGCCAUUCAGACCUAUUCUGCGCGCUGAAGGGCGGCACGAAUACCUUCGGCACCGUCACUCGAUUUGACCUGCCUGCAUUCCUGCAAGGCAAAACGUGGGGAGGUGCCUUCUACUAUCUUUCGGCAACUUAUGCCGGUAUCGUCCAGGACUUCUACAACUUUGCCAGUGCCGCAGAACCCGAUCCCGAUGCUCAUGUAAUUGCUGCUACUGCAUAUAGUCCGCUCGGUCCGGUCGACGUGGUAAAUGUGUACUAUGCAAAGCCGUCGUCGAAUCCACCUAGCCUAGCACCUUUCACGGCUCUACAGCCGCAGCUCGCCAACACUCUCCGUGAGGACUCGCUGUUAGGGUUCGCCAAAGAACUGUCAAACUUUAGCACAAAUGGGGACCGGCAGUUGUUCUUCACCACAAGCAUCAGGCUGGACAAGCAAUUGAUAAUCGACAUGAAGAGUCUUUACGACAACACGGUCGAAAGUAUCAAGACCGUUCCUGGCCUCGUACUGUCCAUGGUGUUAAAGCCCCUCACCAGACAUAUGCUCCAGAAAAGUGCUGCGCGCAGGCCUAAUUCGCUGGGCCUGUCAGUGGAUGAUGGACCCAUGGUCAUCACACUUCUGGACAGCGUUUACGCCGACGCAACAGACGAUGUCAAUGUCAUCAAUGACCUGGCAUAA